UUAUAUUUAUUUGAUUUUCAGUAUAUCGAGAAAUUAGGAGAACGAUAUAAGACAAGCGAUGUUUUCAUUUUCAAUUAUCCUAUUCGGUGUAACGUUUCUUUUCAUUAUUGCGUCUUAUGCGCUUACACUGUUUAAUCAUAUGCGCAAAGUAAAAAUCAUUAAAGUUUCAUCGAAAGGAAGUGAACGAAUUGUUAAGGAAUAUAAACAGGCACCGGGACCAGUUCCGUGGCCUAUCGUUGGUAAUUUGGCGUUGCUUGCACGCUUCGACGGACCAUUCGAAGCAUUUACCGAAUUAUCGAAAGAAUUGGGUGACAUUUAUAGCCUCACAAUUGGCUCGAUCCGAUGUCUAGUCGUCAGCAAUUUAGAUUUGAUUAAAGAAGUUUUAAAUCAAAAUGGAAAAUUUUUCGGUGGCCGUCCAGAUUUUCUUCGCUAUCAUAAAUUAUUCGGUGGUGAUCGUAAUAAUUCGCUUGCGCUAUGUAAUUGGUCGCCUUUGCAGCAGAAAAGACGAAAUUUAGCCCGCAGUCAUUGUUCACCCCGUGAUUCGAGUUCGCAUUUCCAACGUAUGUCGGAUAUUGGUUGCCUUGAAAUAACUGAAUUAAUGCUAAAACUCAAAAAUGAAAUUAGUAAAGGACAUGAAUUAGAUAUUAAGGCUUUACUGCAGCGAACGUGUGCUAAUAUGUUCACUCACUAUAUGUGCUCGGUUCGGUUCGAUUAUGAGGAUAAAGAUUUCCAAAAAACUGUUGAAUAUUUCGAUGAAAUAUUUUGGGAAAUUAAUCAAGGUCGCGUGUAUGAUUUUUUCCCAGCAUUGGCUCCAUUUUUUCGCAAAAAUAUUACAACCAUGACUAAAUGGUCCGCGUUCAUAAGAAAUUUCAUCUUGAAACGAAUAAUGCACGAUCGUAAUCGUAAUAUAGAUAUGGAAGAAGAUGAGAAAGAUUUCACGGACGUCAUAUUAAAAAGUCUGAGUGAAGGUGAAAAUGUUACCAACGACACGAUACUUUAUAUGUUGGAAGAUUUUAUUGGUGGGCAUUCAGCUGUAGGCAAUCUUGUCCUGAUAGCUUUGGGUCAUGUUGCAAAAAAUCCUUUAAUUGGCGAACGGAUCAAGGAAGAAGCGGAUAAAAUCUCAACAAUCGCUAAUCGAAAAGUCAAUCUCUAUGAUAUGGAUAAAAUGCCAUACACAAUGGCUACCAUAUCUGAAGUUUUGCGAUACUCAUCGUCGCCAAUUGUUCCCCAUGUGGCCACUGAGGAUGCCAUUAUUUCGGGUUAUGGCGUUACGAAAGGCACAGUUGUAUUUAUAAAUAAUUUCAAAUUGAAUACGAGCUCACAACUCUGGACAAAUCCGGACAUUUUUGAUCCUGAACGAUUUCUCGAACAGACAUCGGAAAUAAAAUCUCAAAAAUUUCUAUCCAAAACUAAAUCAAAUCCUAGAGCCAAUCCAGAUAUGGAAACUGUAAAGGACAAUUUAGAUAAGGAAAAUUUGGAUACAAAUAUGCGUUUAAAAGCCAAUAUUCCGCACUUCAUACCCUUCAGCAUAGGGAAACGAACUUGCAUUGGACAAAACCUAUUACGUGGUUUCGCAUUCAUUCUUUUGGCAAAUAUAUUACAACAAUAUCGGGUAUGCGCGAAAGAUCUUGCAAAAAUUAAAACCAAACCAGCUUGUGUUGCGUUGCCAGUGAAAACGUAUUCGUUAGCACUCACAGCCCACACUACUCGUGGAAAUAAUAUUCAUUUAUAAAAUGUUAACACUAACAUUACAUAAACGUCAAGUCGUCUUUUACUAAAAUAAAAAUAAACAUAAUUUAAUUUCGCGCCUAUUUGUGCUUGAUACCGCUUUAUAGCUCUUAUCUGACGGCUCUACAAAUUAGUCAUGUCACUCUUAUUAAAAUUUUCUAACGUUAUUAAGAAGAAGGCUUACAAGGCUUAGGGCAUUUGCAAGAAUCUUAUUAACCGUAUUAAACACUCACAGUCAAUUUUUUCUUCCUUCCUGCGCAGACCUCUUUCAAGUGCUGGAGUAGUCGUAAAAAAGAAGAAAGAAAAAUUUGCUGACAUCGGAUAGCCUGGGGGAAGGACCCGGCUUGCUUAUUUCACGCAAUAAGAUUACCUCGUUGCGAGCGACAGUCUGUAAGACACAGUCUAAAGUGUUUAAUAUCUAAUUUGAAAAAAGCAAAAAAAAAAAAAUAAUUCUAUCGUCUAAUUAGCGAUUAUUGUCCAUAGCUUUUUGGCUAAGCACUGCUUUACCUCUAACUUGCUUUUUAAGAUCAACCAAAUAUUUAUUGGAAAUCUCGUAUCUAAGAAGUAAAGAAAAUCAUAUCGGCAUGAGACCUAAGUUUUUUUUUUCUUUUAUGAUUUACUCAGAUCAGAGUGGAUAUCCACACAUGCAGUGGCAGACAAAAAAUAAAUAAAAUGUUUAUAUAAACGUUAA